AUGGCCUUGAGAAUUCCUCAUGUGUUCUUUUCCGUUCUUUGGCUCUUUCUCCUCCUCAUAGUACUCUUUCAUGAAUUCUACGGUCUCAAAUACCUCAAAAACUAUGAAACCAAUGGCUCCUCAUCGUCAACCCUAUUGCAUCAUCCUUUAAUCCAUAGAAAAGCAAUGGCCACCGCCAAGUUUGAUUUUAGUCCCUUUCUCAACCGCCACCACCGGAAACACACACCAGAGAGAGGGCCGCCAGAGAUUGAUCCACGCUAUGGGGUCGAUAAGCGCCUGGUCCCGAGUGGUCCAAACCCUUUGCACCACUGA